CCGGAAUUAUUCAUUGUUCUGCACACGAACAAUAUGUGCUCGUUGGUCUUCCUACUGUCAUGGAUUCUGGCUCUUACCAAAUACCUGACUUUGCGGAGCUUUUUGGUGACUCCCAACCCUUCAAAGCCCUCAAAAUGUCCGGUAUCCGUGAAUUACCACUUCACCCGACGGUGCAACAAGGCCUGCGGCUUCUGUUUCCACACCGCGUCUUCCUCGCACAUCGAGUCCCUCGCAAACAUGAAGCGGGUCCUCACCGUCCUCAAAGACGCAGGUAUGCGGAAAAUGAACUUCGCCGGCGGCGAGCCCUUCCUCUACCCGGCUAAACUGGGCCAGAUGGUCGACUACUGCAAGGAGACCCUCCACUUGGAAUCUGUCUCCAUCGUCACCAACGGGAGCCAAGUAACGGAGCGGUUCCUUGCCCGACACGGAUGCAACAUCGACAUCCUGGCCGUCUCGUGCGACUCGUUCAACGAGUCGGUCAACAUCGCCAUCGGCCGUGGCUCCGGCACCCAGGUCACCAAGCUCUACGAGAUCCGGGACCUCUGCCGGGCGUACGGAAUCAAGUUCAAGAUCAACACCGUCGUCUGCCGGCUCAACUUCAACGAGGAUAUGAAUCGGUUCAUUGAGGAGCUGCAGCCGUUCCGCUGGAAGUGCUUCCAGGUUCUAGUAGUCCCGGGGGAGAAUGACUCAGAACGGCGGCUUCGCGAUGCGCGCAGGUUCUUGAUCCGGGACGCGGAGUUUGCUCAUUUCUGUGAUGUCCAUCGCGGACAGAGGGCAUUUUCAUAUUUGAUUCUUGAUGAGUAUUUGCGCUUCUUGGAUCGAGACGGUCGCGAGCCGUUACCUUCAAUACUGGAAGUCGGGGUGCAAAGGGCACUUGAGAGUGUCUAUUGGGACGACAAGAACUUCAUCUCGAGGGGUGAGAUGUACGAUUGGUCGAGAGAUCAGAAGUCCUGUUCGGAUACCCAUAGGGAUUUGGAUUGGUAGGUGAUUGGUGGUGUAGUGAGUUCAUUCCUAGAAUCAAAUUCGAUAUAUAAAUAGCAACAGAGCUGAAAGUGCACCAUUCGAACUCUCAUUUUUACAGGAAUGCUCGCAGGUCUGAGGUGGAUCAGAGAAACAGAAUGAAAUUGAAAAAAAGAUGAAAGCUAUGUUGUCGACAUUCAUGUAAUCGCGAGUCCCAACUUUCUCAAACUACAGUCAGAUUGAAGCGAAAAUGAG